ACGUCACUGUGGGCGGAAGUGAAGGAGAGUUCCAGAAAGAGCGGCUGUGCGCGAGGCACGCAAACACAGGAAUAUAACAAUAUAUGACAAAGAACUCUUAUAAUAAUAAUAAUAGUAAAAACAGCGAUUGUACGCAGCUUUAUAACGGAGCAGACGCGUAAGUGACCGUCAUGACGACCAUCGAUUACAGUGUUUGGGAUCAUAUCGAGGUUUCUGAUGAUGAAGAUGAUACUCACCCAAACAUCGACACACCGAGUCUGUUCCGCUGGAGACACCAGGCUCGUGUGGAGCGGAUGGAGGACUUCAUGAAGAAGGGUGAGGAGCUGGAGAAGAGUCUGGCGGAGAGCCGCAGGAAGCUGGCGGAGGCACAGCGGCGUGUUCAGGAGCUCGCCUCAGCGUCCACACCAGAGGCUAAAGCUGAUCUGACCAAAGCUCAGGAGGAGGAGAAGCAGCUGAAGAAGCAGGAGAGGUCGUGGGAGAAGAAGAUGCAGGAGCAUCGCACCGAGGAGAAGAAGAUGCCCUGGAACGUGGACACGCUCAGCAAGGAGGGCUUCAGUAAGAGCGUGGUCAACGUCAAGCCAGAAAAGGAGGAGGACACGGAGGAGGAGAAGGAGGAGAAACACAAAACGUUUGUGGAGAAAUACGAGAAGCAGAUCAAACACUUUGGGAUGCUGCGGCGCUGGGAUGACUCUCAGAAGUAUCUGUCUGACAAUCCUCACCUGGUCUGUGAGGAAACAGCUAAUUAUCUGGUCAUCAUGUGCAUCGAUCUGGAGGUGGAGGAGAAACACGCUCUCAUGGAGCAGGUGGCCCAUCAGACCAUCGUGAUGCAGUUCAUCCUGGAGCUCUCCAAGAGUCUGAAGGUGGAUCCUCGCGGCUGCUUCCGUCAGUUCUUCGCCAAAAUCAAGACCGCAGACCAGCAGUAUCAGGACGCCUUCAAUGACGAGCUGGAGUCCUUCAAGGAGCGAGUGCGCGGUCGAGCCAAGAUCCGCAUCGAGAAAGCCUUGAAAGAGUACGAGGAGGAGGAGCGACAGAAGAGGCUGGGUCCCGGCGGACUGGACCCGGUGGAGGUGUACGAGACACUGCCCCCGGAGAUGCAGAAGUGCUUCGAUGAUAAAGACAUUCAGAUGCUGCAGGACGCCAUCAGCAGGAUGGACCCGACGGAGGCCAAACAUCACAUGAAGCGCUGCAUCGACUCAGGGCUGUGGGUCCCGAACGCUCGAGCGGACGACGAGGGAGAGAAAGAGGAAGAGCCGCUGUAUGAGGAAGUGAAGAAAGAGGAGCAGUGACCCCUGACCCCUGACCCCGUCCGCACCCGCUCCAGAGCUGUCAUGAUGAUUAAGUGCUUAUCACUGUGUGUUCCCCUCAUCUGAAGCCAGGCGUGUGUUUAGGGUUUGAUUGGCUGUUACUCACAGGUGAAUGAAGAUCUGCAGUUUUACAGACACCGUC